AUGUUUUUAGGCGAUUUGCUCGAUUGUGGUCAUGAAGGCGAAGUUUAUGACGCCGUAUAUAUGGGAUGCCAAGGAUAUUGCGCCAAGAAAGUUCCUGAAAAUAAAAAAUACACAUUAGAAAUGUCUCAAUACAUUUAUAAUUUAGUCAAUAGUGAGUUUUUCAUUCCAUGUUAUGGAAUCUUAUAUAACGAUGGAGAUCCAUGCUUGGUAAUGAAAAGAGCAGCUGGUACACUCGUUGAUUUUAUCGAAAAUCCAAGUUAUUUUGGUUUACAUUAUGAAGACUUAGAUAUCUUACUCUAUCAAACCGCAUUAGCCCUUAAGCAGUUAAAGGACCACAACUUAUACUGGGGAGAUCUCAAGCUCCAAAACAUUUUGGUCGAUUCUUUUGUUCCAAGAGCAUACAUUUGCGAUUUUGGAUCGGCAAAGUUCCUCAAUAACUGCGUGGUCGAGGAAGGCGAUGUCUUCACAGAGCUUUACAAGGCUCCUGAAGUUGUAAAGGGUGCAAUUGUAACUCCUCAAGCAGAUUUGUUCUCUUUUGGUGUCAUGAUCUACAUUGCUAAGGUAAUGGCCCCUCCUUUCACAGUUUCAGACGAUUUCCCUCAAUACGAUGGUUCCGAGGAAGAUUGCCAAUUAAGAGAGGAAGCCUGUAUGUACAAGCUGAACACAGAAAGAGACAAGUUCAAGUUCUUGGACUGCGACUGCCAGGAGCUGUUAAUCAACUGUUUGAAAGUAGAUCCAAGAGAAAGAUGGACAAUUGAGGACGUUCUCAACUCCAGGUUCUUUUCUUGCUUCAAGUACCAGUAA